AGGCUAGCAGCGGCUCAAGAAGCGCGUGCGCGGGAGGCAGCCGCUAGCGGCGCUGACCCGCUGGGCCGGCGACCGUACACCUACGCCGCGAUGGGCAAGAAGAGCGGCGCCCCGUCACAGGACGGCAAGGGGCCCUCAUCGCUCUUCCUCUUCAGCGAGACCAACCCCAUCAGAAGAUACACGAAGUUCAUCAUUGAGUGGCCUCCGUUUGAGACAGCUGUCCUCAUGACCAUUAUCGCCAACUGCGUGGUGCUGGCGCUGGAAGAACAUCUCCCCAACGAGGACAAGACAAUGCUCGCCAUCAAACUGGAGGCGACCGAAUCUGUUUUUUUGUGUAUCUUCUGCGUGGAAGCAUCACUGAAGAUAAUGGCGCUAGGAUUUGUGCUACACAAGGGUGCCUAUCUUAGGAAUAUCUGGAACAUUAUGGAUUUCAUAGUUGUAGUAACCGGACUGGUAACGUUGCUAGCUGACAAGCAGUUGACCUCUGGGGUCGACUUCAGGACGCUCAGGGCCAUUCGUGUCCUGCGACCGCUUAAGCUAGUGAACGGCAUCCCUAGUCUUCAGGUAGUGCUGAAAUCCAUCAUCAAAGCCAUGGCGCCUUUGUUACAAAUCGGCAUGUUGGUGUUAUUUGCCAUCGUCAUAUUCGCCAUCAUCGGCCUCGAGUUCUACUUUGGCGCUCUUCACAAGACUUGCUAUAGCUUAGAGGAUUUCGAUCAAAUUGUCACGGAGGGAGAGCAAGCCACUCCAUGUGAUCAGGCGAAUCCGCCAGCGACGGGAAGCUACCGGUGCGAGAACACCACAUCCAUGUGCCGAGAAAAGUGGAUCGGACCCAACCAAGGAAUCACCUCAUUCGACAACAUCGGCUUCGCCAUGCUGACCGUGUUCCAGUGCAUCACAAUGGAGGGGUGGACAGCCAUCCUCUAUUGGACCAAUGACGCUGUUGGCAGCACGUUCAACGUCGUCUACUUCGUGCCUCUGAUCAUCAUCGGCUCCUUUUUUAUGCUCAAUUUAGUUCUCGGCGUGCUGAGUGGUGAGUUUGCCAAGGAGCGAGAGCGGGUAGAGAAUAGACAAGCCUUUUUGAAACUUAGGAGACAGCAGCAGUUAGAGAGAGAACUGAAUGGCUAUGUUGAGUGGAUUUGUAAGGCAGAGGAAGUGAUAUUAGCUGAGGAGAGGACCACGGAAGAGGAGAAAAUGCAUAUCAUGGAAGCACGGCGAAAAGCGGCAGCGAAGAGGAAGAAGUUGAAGAACCUGGGCAAGAGCAAGAGCACAGACACCGAGGAGGAGGACAACGACGGCGAGGAGGACGCUUUGUAUAUGCCGAAAAAGAAAACAGGCUUGGCCAAGGCGUCAUACUUAAAAUCAAAAAUGAAGAACCAGGGGGCCUGUGCAGGAUUUUGGAGAGCAGAGAAGACGUUUAGGUUCGCUAUCCGCAAGGCGGUCAAAACGCAGUUUUUCUACUGGUUCGUGAUAGUGCUGGUAUUUCUCAACACGGUGUGUGUGGCCGUCGAACACUACAACCAGCCCGACUGGCUCACUUUGUUUCUCUACUACGCUGAGUUCGUGUUUCUCGGACUGUUCAUAUCGGAGAUGCUGAUCAAGAUGUACGCGCUGGGUCCGCGAAUUUACUUUGAGUCGGCCUUCAACCGAUUCGACUGCGUCGUCAUCUCGGGCUCCAUCUUCGAAGUGGUUUGGUCAACGUUCAAGGACGGCUCGUUUGGCUUGUCCGUGCUACGUGCUCUCCGUCUGCUGCGCAUCUUCAAAGUCACGAAGUACUGGUCGUCUCUGCGUAACCUCGUCAUUUCCUUGUUGAGCUCUAUGCGUUCCAUCAUAUCCUUGCUCUUCCUGCUCUUCCUCUUCAUCCUGAUCUUCGCCCUGCUCGGGAUGCAGCUGUUCGGAGGGGCCUGGAGCUUCAAGGAGGGCACGCCGCUGGCCAACUUCAACAGCUUCGCCGUGGCUCUUCUCACUGUGUUCCAGAUCCUGACGGGAGAGGACUGGAACGAGGUGAUGUACCACGGGAUUCAGUCCCAGGGUGGCCACGACAACGGCGGCAUGGUCUACUGCCUCUACUUCAUCGUGCUGGUGGUGUUCGGCAACUAUACUCUGCUGAACGUGUUCCUCGCCAUCGCCGUCGACAAUCUGGCAAAUGCCCAAGAGUUGACGGCCGCCGAGGAGGAGCAGGAGGAGGAGGACAAGGAGAAAAUGGCGGCCGAGCUGGAGAAGGAGAUCGGGGCGCUGCACGUGUCAGACGGAGCGCCCAAAGUCGAAAUCUGCCCGCCAUCACCAAACGCUGGUGACAAAAACAACUGCACGGACACCCGACCGUCGCUGUCGGCUAUGAAGGGAGACACCGUGGACGAAAGUGAGCAACCGUCGGGGCCCAAGCCGAUGCUGCCCUACUCGUCCAUGUUCAUCCUGUCUCCGACAAACCCGGUGCGGCGUGCUGCCCACUGGGUGGUCAACCUACGCUACUUCGACUUUUUCAUCAUGUUCGUCAUCUCGCUGAGCAGCAUCGCUCUGGCGUGCGAAGACCCGGUGGACGAGAAGAGCGACAAAAACAAGAUACUCAACAUGUUCGACUACGCUUUCACUGGCGUCUUCACGAUAGAAAUGGUCCUCAAGGUGAUAGACAUGGGUCUUAUACUCCAUCCCGGUUCCUACCUACGAGAAGUAUGGAACGUAAUGGAUGCCACCGUUGUAAUUUGCGCCUUGGUUUCCUUUAUUUUUGACCUAACGGGAAGCUCUACCGGUCAGGAUCUCUCUACCAUCAAGUCGCUGCGAGUGCUCCGAGUAUUGCGGCCACUGAAAACCAUCAAGCGCGUGCCGAAACUGAAGGCGGUGUUUGACUGUGUGGUCAACUCGCUGAAGAACGUGGUCAAUAUUUUGAUAGUGUAUUUGCUGUUCCAAUUCAUCUUCGCUGUGAUAGCAGUCCAACUAUUCAACGGAAAGUUCUUCUACUGCACCGACGAGAGCAAGGUGUUGCCUGGAGAAUGCCAAGGGGAAUAUUUCGUGUACACUGACGACAAGCAGCCCCCGGAGGUGCGACAGAGGGUGUGGAGGCAGCAGGACUUCCAUUACGAUGACGUCAUGAUGGCCAUGCUGACGCUCUUCGCUGUGCAGACUGGGGAGGGCUGGCCAACGGUUCUUCAAAACUCAAUGGCAGCCACAUCAGAAGAUAACGGGCCAAAGCCCCACUACAGGAUCGAGAUGUCCAUUUUCUACAUAGUCUACUUCAUUGUUUUCCCCUUCUUCUUUGUCAACAUCUUCGUGGCGCUCAUCAUCAUCACCUUCCAAGAGCAGGGAGAGGCAGAGCUGCAGGACGGAGAGCUGGACAAGAAUCAGAAAUCCUGUAUCGACUUCGUCAUUCAAGCACGACCUCUGGAGAGGUACAUGCCAAAGGACAGAAAAAGCUGCAAAUAUAAGAUGUGGCGGAUCGUCGUCUCCACGCCCUUUGAAUACUUUAUUAUGGCUUUGAUUGUUUUGAACACCCUCCUCUUGAUGGUGAAGAACUACCCCCAAAACGAAACCGAGAAGGCUAUCCUGCAAAAACUGAAUAAUGUCUUCACCUCGCUGUUUGCCAUAGAGUGUGCUCUCAAGGUGACGGCCGUUGGAAUCAGGAACUUCUUCAAGGACCGCUGGAACACGUUUGACUUUAUCACGGUGAUAGGGUCCAUCGUAGACGCCAUCUUCAUGGAGCUAGCGGUAUCCAACUUCUUCAACGUCGGCUUCCUGCGACUGUUCCGGGCGGCUCGCCUGAUCAAGCUGCUUCGCCAGGGCUACACAAUCCGCAUACUGCUGUGGACCUUCGUACAGAGCUUCAAGGCCUUGCCAUAUGUCUGUCUCCUGAUUGCCAUGUUGUUCUUCAUAUACGCGAUUAUAGGCAUGCAGGUAUUUGGUAACAUAGCUUUGGACUCCAAAACUUCCAUAUCUAGGCACAAUAACUUCCGUCACUUCUUUCAAGCGCUAAUGUUGCUGUUCAGAUGCGCUACGGGUGAGGCGUGGCAGAGCAUCAUGCUGGCCUGCGUCAAGAACAAGCCGUGCGACGAGCGAGCGCUGAGGCCAGGAGAGGAGCGCGUCUGCGGCUCUGACCUGGCCUACGGCUACUUCGUCUCCUUCAUUUUCUUCUGCUCGUUCCUGAUGCUCAACCUGUUCGUGGCCGUCAUCAUGGACAACUUUGACUACCUGACGCGCGACUCGUCUAUCCUGGGCGCCCACCACCUGGACGAGUUCCACCGCAUCUGGGCCGAAUACGACCCGAACGCCACGGGACGCAUCGAGUACACGGAGAUGUACGACAUGUUGCGGAACAUGGAGCCACCGCUGGGCUUCGGCAACAAGUGUCCGUACCGGCUGGCGCACAAGAAGCUGAUCCGAAUGAACAUGCCGAUCGGCGCAGACGGCAAAGUGCAGUUUACCACCACACUGUUCGCCCUCAUCAGGGAGAACCUCAGCAUCAAGAUGCGGCCAGCUGAAGAGAUGGACCAGGCGGACUCCGAACUGCGGACCACCAUCACCAAAAUAUGGCCACUGCAAGCCAAGAAAAUGCUUGAUCUUUUGGUGCCACCAAAGGACGAGCUGGGACCAAACAAGCUCACUGUGGGCAAGAUCUACGCCGGUCUCCUCAUACUGGAGAACUGGAAGAGCACGCGGUUUGGCCAGAUACCGGCCGAGAACCAACCGGAGAAGCAGGAGCUAGUGCCCCCAGACUCGCCGGUCAGCCCUCUUGUGGACGUCACCGACUGGAUCCGUCAGGCCAGUGGAUCCUGGGAAGGCAGCCCUGACUCCCGGCGGUCUUUGGAAGUGAGUCGUCUCCUUUGCCGGACUCAUGGAGUGAUGAAGUGCGCUCCAUGUGUCCCGGUUUGUAGACUGGCGAGUUCACCGUCGUCCGUCUAGACGAUUGUCACGAUCAAUAUUCCAUGCACGGCGUUACAGAGCCAUACCCCCCCCCCCCCUCCCCCCUCUCUCCUCGUGUAGUCAGUUGUCAGCUGACGCCCAUGUAUACGCGGUGUAUGUCGCCGGCACUAAUUGGCAGUAACGAUCAAAAUUCUUGAAAUAUAAUAGGUCGUUUGAUAUGCACCGCUUAAAAUAGAUAGGAUUAGAGAGCACAGGACAUAUUCCGCGGUCAUGUUACCUUGGCCGGGCAAGACUUACGGUGCUGCACGAGUUAAGUGACAUUCCGUAGAGCAGGCAUGUUUCUGACCCCGUACAGAUUGGGCUUGAGUCAUCACACCUGUCAUCCGCAUUCCAUUUGGGACCAGCUGUAACGUAGUGUGUGUUGUGUAGACAUGUUACUAGCUGGAUAGUCUUUUAAACCAUGGCACUACAGUGAAGUCGUAUAGUUCCAUUUAAGUGGUCUUAUGGUAGGCGUACAUUUAUUGCAUUUUAAGCAAUGAAGAUCAAUGUAUGCAAUAUUCAUUCAAACACACUGCAUUAUCAUGUGCAUGCAUAUUUUAGAAACACGUUUGUGGGUGUCUGUGCGUAUAAAGCCGGAAAAUGCAUAACAUAAUGGCUAUGAUAAUAUAAUAACAGCGAGCUAAAUAGAGCAAGAGUCGACCACCUGAGCAGGAAGUUGGAUCCGUUGGUUUCUCAUGCGGUGCGACACUAAAUAUUUGGACAAGGUUUUUGUUCUGAAGAGAUGAUAGUACGGCACAAUAUCCAUGGCUGAAUCACAUUUAAUUCAAUAUCCAUUUAUAUUUUUGGCCUUGGUCUUCGCACCUGCUUGACAAGACUACAGUAUUUGUGCUUGCUCGUGAGACUCCUCUCGAAGCGAUACCACUUGGGAAGCAUCCUCGGUCACUUCUGAGGCGCAAGAGCAUCCUGACCUCCCCUUUACAAUGGCUCUCCAGCAGCAGCGCUGAGGCCCUUACAAUGGCUAUCCGGCAGCAGCGCUGAAGCCCUUACAACGGCUCUCCGACAGCAGUGCUCAAGCCUUUACAACGGCUCUCCGACAGCAACGCUGAAGCCUUUACAAUGACUCUCCGACAGCAGCGCUGAAGCCCUUACAACGGUUCUCCAACAGCAACGCUGAAGCCCUUACAGUGGCUUUCCGACAGCAGUACUGAAAGCCUUACAAUGGUUCUCCGACAUCAGUCCUGAAACCCUUGGAGUUUUCGUGCGCAUUGCUGGACUUUCCGUGUCAAAGUGCCAGAGCAAUCUUCUUCUGAGCCUCACGCUGCUCUCCCGUGGUGUCUCCAUCUGUUUUUCUCUCUUCUCAUCUCUGAAAGAACAAGUUCUGCUUACUGUGAGUGUUGUCUGCCGGUCUGUCAAAUUUCAUCUUCUCUUGCCAAGUGCGCCGUGUCCUCUGCUGUAUGGAACGGUGAGUUUGCAGGUAUCGAACAUGAAUGUGACUGAGUUUUUCACAGCUUUGUGGGAGACACUGUGUCGCAUGCAUUUUGUACAACAUAUACAGACGGCAUGAUUUGUUAUUCUUAUGAUAUAUUGCUGCUUUUCAUACUUUGCGUUGAGCUGUUUUCGACGAAGGUUUUAAUGUGAUUCUUGGGGUUGGCUAUGAGCCGGGAGUUGUCGAACUUAUGCAAUGGUAUACCAGGUGACCUACUCAAACUGUACUUUUACCACAGCUGUUUCUUAGGAAAGUUGCUCAUGGACGUCUGCUCGAGGAUAAAUCAAGAAGCGGCAGACCAAGCAUCAUGGUCACCUGCCGCGGUUGACCACAGUCAGACCAAUAAUGUUCACGCCCAGUUAAGCCAUGUGCCUCGCGUCCGGGGUGCACCCGAACCCUGACUUGUCGAAGCCUCGGCCGGUCGCCUUCGAACUGACCGUGACCGCGGUGUCGGGCGCAGGGCGAC